UGUUGUUAUAAUUACAAAUACAAAAUAAUCUAUAUGCAAUUGACUUCUGGAUAACCAUAUCAAAACACAAUUUUUCUCAUAGCCAACACUAAAGAAACCAAGUUCUCCACAUGUCAAACAACCACAAAUUUCCAUACAUGCAAACAAACACUUGCCAUUCCUUACCAAACAUACUCACCUCUUCCCAUCUUUUAACCCUCUUCCACGUACACCCCUCUCUUUACAAUAUAUCCUUCUUCUUCUUCUUCUUGUUCUUCUUCGUCUCCACUCUCACCAAAAAUUAAAAAAAUUAAACCAUUAAUUACAUUAUACAUUGAUCAACAAUGCAAACCAACAUGUCAUCCUAUGAACAACAAAUGCAACACAAACGCCACCCUAUAAGCCCAACCACCCGCCAAGCCGUCAAAUUCUUAACCGCCUCCACCGUCGGUACCGUCCUCUUAGUCCUCUCAGGCCUCACCUUAACCGCCACCGUCAUAUCCCUCGUUAUCGCCACUCCAAUCCUAGUCCUCUUUAGUCCUAUACUCAUACCGGCGAUCAUCACCGUCUUCCUUAUUGCUAGCGGUUUCGUGUUUUCCGGCGGUUGCGGGGUUGCGGCCCUGUCGGCGUUGUCGUGGAUCUAUCAGUAUACCACCGGAAAACACCCGGUGGGAGCCGAUCAGCUGGAUCAAGCGCGUAAUGCGAUUGCUAACGCGGCUUGGGAGGUUAAGGAAAAGGCUAAAGAUAAUUUACAGUAUGUGCAGAAUAAGGCACAAGAGGCUAUUACGACGACGACGACGACUACUACUACCGAUCCAGAUACUCAUCGCACUACUACUCAAUCGCGAACUUAAUUAAUUAGUGUUUGUUUUGCAGGGUUUUAUCUUUGCACCGACCUUUUAAUUUCUUUUUGUGUUGUUUUGAUUUUUGUGUUGUUUUUUUUAAUUUGGGUGGGAGUGCAAAACUGUAUGUCAUGAAAUGUGAAUGAACAUGAAAGGAUAUAAUUAAGUGCAUUUUAUAAAUGGAUCAAA